UGGCGCGUAAUCGAAUUUGUUUGCAAUGCGGAAGAAUGGAAACUGUGGUCAACAAAUAAAUUCCGAAAGAAAUUUAUUUUUCAAAAUUUUUAAUUGGAUCGCUUUGUAGCUGGACAUGAGUUGUCGAAAUUGUUCAGUGAUAGAGACGAUAAUGUUGCUAUUAAUACUUGUGGAUCCAGUUUCAUCAGUAAAUCGCGUAAAAAGACUGUCAACGCCCGACUUUGACAAGAAUCAAACGCUCCAGAUGGCCAAAUAUGUGAUAUCAAUACGCUCAAGGACACCAAUUAAAUAUUAUGGGGACAAUCAUUACUGUGGUGGUGCGAUAAUAGCGCCCAGAUUCGUCUUGACAGCCGCACAUUGUGUGAUGGAUAUGAGCAAAUUUAAGUAUCCUAGCCGUAUGAUCAUGGUGGUGGCGGGCACACCAAACAGACUAAAAUUCAUCGAUAAUAAGUCGGUCAACAUGCCAGUCAAAGAGAUUUAUGUCCCAAUCAAUUUUACCAGCAAGAACACGAAUAAUAUUGCUGUACUGGAAUUAAAGAACGAAUGGCCCAAAGACAAUCCAGGUGUUGCCAUUAUAUCUAUGCCCAAAACGGAUCCCAUGGUUAAUCAGAGCUAUUACGUAUUGGGUUGGGGUCGAAUGUUUCAGGGUGGACCAUUUGCAACGGUCAUUUUGCACAUCAAUGUGACCGUAUUGGAUGUGGACACCUGCAAAUCCAUGCUUAGAACCUUCAAGGAGGAAAUGCUGUGUGCCAUGAAUGAGAAUAGCAUAUUACCGCAGAGUCCCUGUGAGGGUGACAUAGGCGCGCCACUAAUACGAAAUAAUAUCGUGUAUGGAAUCGCUAGCUAUCGUUUGGGCUGCGACAGACCCAACCUACCAUCGGUCUACACGAAUGUCUUUUAUCAUAGAACCUGGAUCGACAGUAUAAUAAAUGCCGCUGCAUGUCACUUCAUUCAAGAGAUCGUCUUGCUUUCACUGGCAGUGGUCACAAAAAAAUAAAACAAAAUAAAAAAGAUCGUCUGACUCAAGCACCACACAACACCCACGCACGCAGUCGUAUCGUAUGCACUCGCUGCGACGGAAUAUGUCAGCGGGUAACGCUUGCAGCUCGAUCACCACUCGCUGAACACAGAUAAAUGCUAAAUCAGAGCUGUUCUGUUGUAUGUAAGGUGCUGCUGGUGCUGCUCCUGCUCUUUCCACGAUUUGACACGAUUCGGCGCGCCGAAAAUACAAUUUUAAAGCGAUCAAAACGCCUAACCUCACCCAAUUUAGACAGCGACACAAAAAUCGCUGCUAAAUAUGUGGUCUCCAUACGCUCGAAUAUGCCACAGAUCCGAUUUGGUGACAAUCAUUAUUGCAUUGGCAGUAUAGUAGCGCCAACGUUCGUACUAACAGCUGCCAUGUGCACAAUGAGCUCUUUUAUGGUGCCGCACGAGACUCGAUCCAUUGUCGUUAUAGGCGGUACACCAAAUCGACUAAUCCAUAUCGAAAAUACAGUCGAGAGACGAGUUAAGAAAGUCUUGGUGUCAAAAAAUUUUACAAAAAAUUUCAGAAACAAUAUUGCGCUGUUGAAGCUGAACAAAUCAUGGCCGACUAACAAUCCCAACAUCGCGAUCGUCAAAAUGCCCACGGAAGCUGUCAAUUAUGACAUGGAAUAUAUGGUCUUGGGCUGGGGACGUAUGUUCAAGGGUGGUCCACUCUCUGGUAAUUUGGUGCAUAUACGUGUAUCGCUACUGGCGCAUGAAUUAUGUGA